AAAAAAGUUAGUUAUUUAUCAGUUUUAGUUGUCGCUACAUCUGCUCGAGAUGAAAUUGUUGCUGUAUUUUCUCACCGCAGAAAUAGUAUGCGGAGCCAGCAUUUCUCUAAAAAGGCAAACUCCUAUUCAGCCAAACAAAAACGCAAAGCUUAGUGUUUACUCGUUAAGUUCAUUCGACCAGCAAAAUCCACUCUUUAUAAGAACCAUUAUACCAAACGAACUUAAACCUACUGAAAGGGAGCUAAAAAGAUUGGAAGCAUCUGUCUCAGCACAACAAGAUAAAACAAACUACAAUAAUGAAGAAAAUGUAAACUUUCUCGAAAGUUAUCAGGCAGUCCCGCAUUUAAGUUUACCUGUUCGUGCCAAAAGCAUUCCAUUCGCAAGUUUGGGCAUCUCUACCACAUCGGACUUGUCAUCACCUUUAAUAAACGCUGUGGCAGUGGGAAGUUUCGGACCAAAAAAGAAUAAUGGAUUACCCAAUAUCCCAUCAGAAAAAGGAGCCACAUUUUUUCAAACGCAGGGACCAAAUGGGUAUACAAAUGAAAACCGUCUAUCAUUACCAACAAAACACUUCGAGUCAUCUGGAUAUACAAUUGAAAAAGUCCCUGAAGUUACCAGCUAUACGAAACAAGGUCCUUUUUCUCCAGCUGACAUUCCAUCAAUUAUAGAAUUGGAGAAUAUAUUCAAAGCAUCUCAACUCGGACGGAUAAUUUCAAAGGUAAAUGGUAACAAGAAACUCCUUGAACAAGAAAACCUUAAGUCGACAGAAAAAAAAAAUUUGCAUUAUCCGAAAAUUCUAUCAAGAUUGUAUAAUAUAUACAAUAUUUCUUCAGUUAACAAUGUUGACAGUAUAAAUCAAGGAAAUAUUGUCAACGCUCUCCAGAUCUCAACUGAUAACACCAAUAACAGAGUGAAGAAUAAUGAUACACUAGCAAACGAAUAUUUUGAGACCAAUAGCUCUGCAGUCAAUGUUGACAGUAAAAAUCAAGUUAAUAUUAUUAACGCUCUUCAGAUUGCAACUGAUACAGACACAAGUAACGGGGAUCUUGCUAUAAAUAAUAAUAGUAAUACACAGAUAAAUGAAGAUUUUAGAGCUAGUACCCCCUUAGUUGAGAUAAAUACUGAAUCUGAAAAUAAUGAUGAAGAAUCUCUUAAAUACAGCACAGAAAUACCUUUGGAAAUAACAAAUAUUUCUACAGAAUAUCCUGAAAUUAAAACUGAAACUGAAACGGAAAGAGCCGUGGAUAAUGUCGAGGAACACCUUGAGUCUUUAACUGAGAAUUAUAAUAUUGUUUUACGUAAUCAGGAGGAGGAUAAUGUUACCAUAAAAUUCAAUAAUUCACUUAAUACUGGUGAAAAUACCUUAGAAUUUAACAUUGAAGAUUCUACUAGUAAAUAUCACAUAACAUUGGAGGAAAGUUACGAAGGUCUUACAACAGAAGAAUAUGGAAAUGAGGAAAUUGGCACAAAAGAAUAUGAUAAUAAUUAAAAAAAGGUCAGUCAGGAAGAUAUUGUGGUUAUUUUCUUAAACAUUUUUAAAGGAUGUAAGUUUGAGGUAGUUAGUUUAAGUUUAAGGUAGGAUUUAGACGUUAGCAGGUAUUGUUAUUUGAAAAAUGUAAUACUAUUAGAAAUAUAUUAAUA